AUGGUAAAGAGGCAACAUAAAACUAGCUCAUCUUCGACGACAUCUGCCCAAAUACGAAAACCUGCAGUUACCACACGCUCAAGAAGUAGUCAAAAGAUUGAUUUGGUUAAUUCUAUUGAGCAACAAAACAAAAUCGCGCUUGAUAUGAAACGAAAACGAAAAUCGACCGCUGAGGUUUUUACACUCGGAGAAACUGAUGAAAUUAAUAGACAAUCAUCAUCUUCAAAUAAUACACAAAAUUCGGAAGAUAAAGAAUCUGUUUUGAGUCCUCCUAAACGAGCGAAACUUUCAAUAAGAUUUGGACAUAAUGAUGGCCAAACCAACGUUGAAAGUAAGGAAUUAAACCGGGAGAGUAUCAAAAUUCGUGAAAUGGUUGACGAUAACGCUCAAAAUAAUAAUAAUGAUAUCAAUACAAUUAUUGACAGUUUUAUGGAUGUUGUAGAAAUCAGAGGAACUCAAAUGGUAAUCGGAAAUUUUGUAAUAGAAUAUGAUCAAUACCAGGAAUUUAUGACGCUGUUAAAUAAAUUAUUGAACAUAUUAGAAACGUAUGAUUCCGAGAAAGUUUUGCAAAGCGCAAAGAAAAUAGGGAGCAAGAUAAAUCAUUCGGGUCAAGUUUUAAAUUUAACCCUAUUUCGAGCUAAAAUUUCUAAGCGUGCAUACAAAUGUUUGAAUGAUUUACAGGAUGAUUUUAUUUGUACGUGUAACGACGUCAUAACUACCAACCCUAAAAUGCACAAUGCUGGUACUCAUCUUCUUAAAUUUGGCUCUCGAUUAUUUGAACAAGCUUACAAAGAAUUGCCAAGUAGUAUAAGACAACUUGAGAAUCAUGAUAAAAAUUCAGGUGCAGUAAAAAGUACAUGUACAAAAAAUAGGCAAAAGAUUGCACUUGUUCAGCCAACUUUGGAUGGUCAUGUAUUUUCAAGUGGUGCGGUCAAACAACUUCCACAACAAAAAGGAAAAAAGGAUGCCUUUAAAUUAGUCGGUGAUUUGCAGGAUAUGGAAGUAGUAUCUUUGCAAUCCAUGGAUAAACAAGAAAUCCCGAAAAUUAGUUCGAUUCUUCCAAAAAGGAGAGAGAACCAUAAGUUGUUACAACCCGAAGAACGUAAUGUUCCUGGAAUUAAAUUCCAUAGGUAUAAGGCAUAUGCAUCAUUCGCACCAAUUUAUGAUUCAAGUGACGCAAUGUUAUCAUAUGAAGAUACAAUGUUGGCGCGCACUUAUAAAAAACAUAGCCGUGUAUCUAAAAGGAUUGAAAAUUCGGAUUUAAGUGAGGAGAAAGAAAAAUCAUCAUCCAACGUAGAGACGAUUUCUGAAGGAAUACCAGCUGAGCAGAAUUAUUCAGGAAAUGGCAAUCAUGUGGAAAACAGCGAUAAGAAGGACAAAUUUUUUGAAGAAAUUGAUGUGGAUUUAUUAUAUAAGAGUAUUAAACGUGCACAACCAAAUGAAAUUGAUGAGAUGUUAGACGAACAUGUAGAAAUCUUUAGAAAAGUGCUAUCAAUGCAAGAAAAAAGAUGGAUAAAAUCGAGUCAUAUCUCUGCCAAAGAAAGAAAAUAUGUAUAUAAGUUGCAAAAGCAACUUGCUAAUUUGAUAUCAAAUGUAUCGCCUUCUGAUAUCGUCUCAUUCAGUGCUAUCGAAGACGCCAUGGAUAAUUUACUAAUAAAGGAAAGGUCUUUUAAAGGUGUUCUACCACCCAAUAAAUCUUUCGCACAUCCUACCAAUGAGGUUUCUCGUGAUGUGUUUGGUAAUUUGUCUAAAUCAUCAGUAAAUAUGAAUUCAUAUGCGAGAAAUGAAGCACGAAUGAAUUCCAAAGAAGCAGUAACAAAUUCAGCAUCCCAUCAUCAAUCAAUGCCGUCACAAUCAUUACAUCAUCCUACUCCACAUCAUUUACCAUCAAUGGCGUAUGCACAAUCUUCACGUGCAGCAGCCUCCCAAGUUCCAAUGCGAAUGCAAUAUGGAGCAUCUCAAGGCACGAGUACUCAAAUGCACGCUAGUUAUCAAAUGACUUAUUCAAGACCAUUACCAACACAAUCGCAAGUUCAACCUUAUUAUUCUUCACAACGUUAUCCUUCUUAUGGAUAUCCUUAUUAUCCACAAUAUGGUUAUUCAAUGGGUCAUUCAACUUGGCAACAGAGACCAAGUUAUUAUUGA